AUGACGGCCAGGAUCGUGUCGUGGGUGACGCCCAACGAGCUGGGCAGCAGCACCGUCAUGUACGGCGAGGCAGCCUCGCCGUCUCGGGAAAACGCCCAGCUCUAUACGUCGCACUAUAUACGAGACCAGCGGCGGCGACGCCACGUCGGCGACCUCCCCUACGCCGACAACCACCCGCUCCACGACCACGCCCGCUGGGGCACGUGGGCGCGCUUCGUGGAGCUUAGCGCGGCGCACCAGCCCUGGGUCCUGGCGGCGGGCAACCACGAGCUGUACUUCGCCCCGGAAGCUGGGCGAGCCCAUGCCGUUCAAGCCCUUCGCCCACCGCCACCCAACGCCGCACCGCGCGCCGCCAGCAGCACGGCGCCGUUCUGGUACUCAUCAGGUUGGCCUCCGCGCAUGUCGUCGUGCUCAAUCGCGUCCUACUCCGCCUACGCCGUACACGCCGCAGUGGGCGUGGCUGCGAGCGGAGCUGCCGCGCGUCGACCGGGACGCCACGCCGUGACCGCGCCCUGCUACAACAGCAACGCCUACCACUACACAUGGAGCGCGACUGGAGAGCAUGCGGCUGCAGUUCGAGCGCUGCCGGCUCGUCGACGCCAGCCGACCUCGUCCUCGUCCUCGCCGGCCACAUCCACUCGUACGAGCGCAGCCACCGCGUGUCCAACGUCGCCUACGACGUCGUCAACGGCAGGUCCGCCCGUCGGGAACGUGGGCGCCUCGGUCUACGUCACCGUCGGUGACGGCGGCAACAUCGACGGCGUCGCCGACAACUUCACGUACGCGCCCGCAGCCGAGCUACUUGGCGUUCAGUGA